CUGGAGCACGGCAUCCAGCCCGACGGGCAGAUGCCCAGCGACAAAACCAUCGGCGGGGGGGACGACUCCUUCAACACCUUCUUCAGCGAGACGGGGGCUGGCAAGCACGUGCCCCGUGCCAUAUUUGUAGACCUGGAACCCACUGUGAUCGAUGAGGUGCGCACGGGGACGUACCGGCAGCUCUUCCACCCCGAGCAGCUGAUCACGGGCAAGGAGGAUGCGGCCAACAACUACGCCCGGGGGCACUACACCAUCGGCAAGGAGAUCAUCGACCUGGUGCUGGACCGCAUCCGCAAGCUGGUGGGUGCAGCGCCGUGGGGACGCGCGCAUCGUUGGGUCCCCCCCACCCCGUGGGACCGAGGGGCAGCACGGAGCUGUGCUGUGGGGCUCCGGGUGCACUGGAGCCCCUCGUCCUGCAGUGGGUGGGAUGCUGACCCC